AUGGAUUCUACGAAUAACGUAGCACAGCAAAACUUCAUAGUAGCAAAGCUGGACAGUUUAACAAAUCACGAUGAUUUGGAUGAGAUUGAGAAACGACAAGAAAACAUAUACAUAUCACUGAAAUCAGCAAGUAAUGACAUGAAUGCACUUAACGAGUUAUCGCAACAGAAAUAUGACGAUCUUGUAAAGAAAUUUGAAGCCAACACCAAAUGUUUUAAGGAGAUGAAAGUAGAUCUAGAAUAUAUUUUCAAGAAAAUAAGAACGUUGAAAUCAAAGGUAUCAACAUUGCAUCCUGAGGCCUUUGCGGAAGUAAAACAGAGAUUUCCCGACAUAGAAGAGGAAACAUAA